AUCCUGAUUUUACAACUGUUUUGUCGCUCACGUUCCUGUGGCGCAAACAUGUAUCUGCUUCCCAUCUUCCAGCGAAACUAUUUCUAAGCAGCAUCGCAACAGCUCUGCACAGCACAUUAUGGACUUUACUGGAAACCUUUUAAUUACAUCGAAGCAUAUCAAAGAAGACAAGGAUGGCACACAUUGAAAAUGCUAUUUUCUAUAUACCUUUUCCCUUUAUAGUUUAUGGAGCGAUAGCGAACUUUCAGCGAAUUUUAUGUCUUCUCCAGGCAGCCCUGACGUGGUCUCAAUGAAGAAAGAGAGAGGAGCCACUUACCUGUAUCUCAAAACACUAUCUGGAUUGUGGGAGGCAGAGAACGAGAGAGGAGAGGGAGGAAUGGAGAGAGGGAUUAGAAGCUAAUCCAGGACACAGCCAAUCCCAGAGGAGCUCCUUUUCUUCCAAGACACAGACAAAACAGUCGCACGGAUUACUGCACUUUAGUCUAUUGCCUUUUUAAAAAAGCAUUAUCCCUUUUUGUAUGGUGUUUCAUUGUCCCUAAAUGCCUGGUGUCCCGGGCCUGUGGUAAAUUUGCUGAACUGUACAACAAAGAAUAAAAGAGAACAACAGUCCCGGUGAGAGGGGAGCGAAGUGACAGGAUGUCCCAUGGACUGUGUGGUGCCACACGCAGAUAAAGCGCUUUAGUGGAGACGACAUGUGUGAACGGACCCCCUGCUCUUUCUGCUGGGUCUCAGAGGGACUGAAAGCUGAACACCCCUGUGGACAGUACAUUCAAGAUUAAACUUCUAUGAGGGAAUACUAAAACGACUGAGCGGCUAGUGAGUGACAGGUUGGAGAUAUUUUAGUUGUUGAUUACAGGGGAGUAUAAGGUGAGGUCGGUUUCAAAGCAGGAUUACAAAUUAAUUUCUGGAAACACUUACUGUAUCUAAAGGGAAGAAGGACUUGAUUGAGGGGACCUGCGGCAGCCUAGAAACCUCCAUCACUAACGGGCAGGACCUGAGUUGUCAGUUAAGUGACUAAGUAUCAAGUGUGUGUUUUGGUAUUUGAGUGCAGUGUGUUCAUGUGUGUAGGUGCAUUAGAGAAGAUUAUUAGCUGACAAUCAAAGGUGUCAGCCUAUUGAGUCACUCCUCAAUAAGCCACAUCUAAAGUGACCUGGUUGGUGAGAGUUGUUGUCUUGGUGUUGUCUUGGUGUUGAAACCUGUAGUGGUAAGAAGAGAAAGCACUGGGUGAUUGUGAAGUGGUAAUAGAGGUUGUUUUAAAGCUGACACAAUCCCAUUACAGUUCCUUAACAAGUUAUUUAUAAUCUCCAACAACUUUAUUGGGCAGAGCACACAGGGCCAAGCAGCUUAAACAUAACCACUUUCAGAUGUAUAACACAGCCUGACUCCUAUCUACUGUACUGUGCCAAGUCGAGAAGGAAUUUUAACUAGGUUUACAGAAAACAUAAAUAUUUCUUCUCAUUUUACGAGGAUCUCGUAAACCUCUGGCAAGGUGAUUAGUGUCUAGACGGGUGGGAUGUUCGUUAACUGUUUGUAAACAAGACCUUGGAUGGUUUUCACAGAAAGGGGUCUCUAGGUAACACUGCUGGCUGUCCAGCCUUGACAGAAGACAUUGGUGCUCAUUUUAAAGGAGGUAAGUAUAGACUUCAGUUUGGACUGAUCGUAAAAAGAGAAGAACAAGAAUAUUAUUUUUGUAAAGCCAUCAUUGCUUAACUUUGAGAGGGAAGUUUAAGGACCUGUAUAUUUUUGUUGCUGAAGGGAAAGGUGCAUUUAAGUGACCUAAUUAUAAAAUUGUUGUGCACGUCUAAUAUUGAUUUAGCUCUAGAAACGUUCACAGGUAUGAGCUUGCCAACAGAGAGAGCAUCAUAUUUAUACUGUUAGUGUUCACAAGCAGAAACACAAGUUCAAAAUAGUGAAAUGUAUUUUGUCUGAUGGACAGAAUAUGAGCAUCUCUUGGUAUUCUCUCACUCUUUCACUGCACAAAUACUGGAUGAGUUAUGUUUCACUGUCAGUAUAUAUUUGAUAGCCGCAACUGGAUAUAUUUUCUGAACUGAUACUCAAAAACCCACCGUCUGGAAAAAGCCUAGUGGAUUACAAGCUCUCAGACCACAUAGGCUGUGGUUAUUCCAGAAUCCCUGGGAUGUGUCAUUCCUCCUCUUUUUAUUCCUCAUGACUGAAAGCUGCUGGGAAGGAGGACAGGCCUCUUUGAGGCUGGAGUCAUUCUAAAGCACAGAAUUGGCCCUGAGAGAGAUAGCUUUGAAUGUUGACUGACUCCAAUAGAUAACCAUCAUUCAACUGAAAACUUCAGUGGGACUUCCUAAAGCCAAACUGCAGGCUUACGCUCGAUGAAUAGCUGGCACUUGCUGCCGUGUGGAGAAUGUAUUCUACACACAUUCUCAGCACACAAUUUGUGUUUUUCUUUUUUUAAAGGAUCCAGAAAGUUGUUUAAGUGUCUUUUAACACUCCUUUUACAUUGGAAAAGUUGACUGAUUUCUUACUGGAUUUAUUAUCCCCGUGAUUAAUUAUAUUUAAAGGGUAUUCAUCUCUGCUACCAUGAGUUUGGGAAAACUGCCAGGAAUUAAAGGCCUAGUGUCGGGCUCUCAGGGGAAGAGGCGCUUUAAGAGCGAACUCUCCGUGGACAUGAUCAGCCCACCGCUCCCAGACUUCCGCCACACCAUGCACGUGGGUCGCGGUGGCGAUGUGUUUGGAGACACCUCCUUCCUUAGCAACCAUGGGGGCAAAGGGGAACCAGUGAGCCCCGAUUCACCCACCAGUAGCACAAAGACCACCAGCUUCUUCUCCCGCACCUUGAGGCAUGUACGCCGGUCCCCUGUGCCCCGUGCCAGGAUUGGUUCCCGUGAUCUUUCACCCCCACCGCCUCCUGUCUCACCCAUCAUCAAGAACGCCAUCUCACUGCCCCAGCUGAACAUUGACAUGCCCAACGGCUACAAGAGGGUGCUGUUCCCCAGCUCAGAGAGCUCCCCAGAUACCUCCCUCUACAGCUACGGUCUGCAGUCUGGUUUCGUCACACUACCCCGGCACUCCCGCCUUGAUAAACACCUGCAGGAUGGCACCGGACUGUUCGCUCAGAACUUUAGCUGUGGCUCACUCCCAGACAACAACAGCUUUGCGCUAACGCGCUCCGACUCCUUCACUUCAUUCACAGUGGACCUUGGUCCCUCCCUCAUGAGUGAGGUUCUGGGAAUGAUUGACAGCCCCGGUUGCCUCACUAUGCCCAAUCACAACUGGGAGUUGGGGGAAGAGGAGGAAGAGGAGGAGCAGAGCUCUGUGUUUGAGCUGGCUGUGCAGAGCCCCAUGCUAAGCUCAUCAAACCCUUCCAUGUCAAGCACUCCGCUCAAAGUGAAUGUGAACAACAGGGGGCGCUCUUGCAGCUCAGAGUGGGCAGAGGGAGAGGAGGAGGAUGAGAGGGCUCUUAAGACGCCAGAUGCAUCUAUGGGGUCUCCUACACAGGUAGAACCAGUCAUGGAAGCUGAGAGGUUCCAGAGAGCAGCUGACAUGCUGGCGCGUCACUACGGGGGAGGCUCCUUCUCCAGGAGUCAUCGCAGCGAUUCUGCCUCCUCCUCCUCCUCCUCACCCCUCAGCCAGCCUAAAGCCCCUUACGCCGUCCCUGAGGAAGAGGAGAUCAAAGUCUGAAACAUUUACCAAAUGUCUACCAUUGUGAGGAGAAGAACCCAUUUGAUCAUUAGACUACUUACUAGGUGACCUUGGUUCUGAAUCUUUGCACUCAAGACCUUCAGAGGGAUCCAUGUUUUUCUAUAAACCUUUUACAUGAAUGAUUUGAAUUGGACAGCUCCUCCUCAUAAUGAUAAGAGCUCUCUUGUCUACCAUCUAACAACUGGAUCAAUACUGUCUCUUGUUCAGUUUUAGAGAAGCUUGUGUAGAGUUUCUCAGACAUGAUCUGACAGCAACAUUGGACAGGGUACAUAUAAAAAACAACCUUUAAAACAUGACAGGUUUCAUUAUAUCUUCAUAAGAAAUAUACCUUAUACUAAGCAGAUUCCAUUAAACUGUCAUUCAAUUCUGGGAUGGCACAAUCUCUUGAUAUUGCGCAACUCUGUGCUAUAGCAGCUGCAGUACAACAGUCACACAAGAUCCCGUACAACAACCAGAAGGAAGGACACAGUGAUGAGCUGAGGCUGUGUCUGUCAAAAGCACUCAUAGUGGUCAUUCACAGAAGUAAGGAACAUAAUACGUUUUAUUUUUAGAAGACAAAGGUAGGAUUUCCAGCCGAAUGACACCCUCCUUCUGUGAAAAGGAUUGAAAAGGGAAAUAAAACAUGACUAUCUGCAAAUAUAUUUGUCACAAUAUGUGGAUACUAAAGGGGCAACACAUUUUGUUUUGUUUGAUUGUGUUUCUAUCCACCUGACCUAAAUUGACAUAUCUUCAGUGAGUUCAGUGGUCACAGUUUUUUACUUUCAUUUAGACCUAACACAAAGCCAGUUUCAUCAUUUAUCAUUUCCUGAGAAGAGUUUGAAAGGAAUAAAGCUUUUCUCACUAAUAUCUGGAAUAAUAUCUGAGAUUGUACUGCAUGCUAAGGUGGAAAUGAAGGGUGUGCCCUGUAAAAUGUAUCAAACUAAUUUGGGUUACACAGCCCUAUAAUCAUUUAAACCUAUAGCUGCCUUACAGUGAUAGUUAUUGUCAAGUACUUUUUCCAAGUAUGUUUGUUCUCAGUGUUAUAUUCAUACAUGUGAGUAUACAUAUUUUUUUAAUAACAAGGAAAUGAAUGCAUUGUCAUACAUGAAGGUAAUCAAAUUAAGUUGAAUAUUAGCUAUGUUCAUAAGACUACAGGCACUCUACUUAAGAUGACCAGUACAGACUUGUAUGUGAUGUCACACAUGAAUACAGUAUGUAUACGGAAUAAAAAUAUGACUGUAUAAUUUGAUCCAUUUACCAGUAGCUGUCAUAGCAGUCAUAUUCUUAAUAAAUACCGUUUUUUAAUAA